UAAAUAGUUAAUUUGAAAUAUGAACGAGAUUUUACUUAAUUCUUAAUCAUCCAAUUAUUUGAGUGAAGAAAUUAUCAAUAAAGCUGCCAAAGAUCCAGAAGCCAGAAACAAUAUUAUUAAAUUCGAAUAGUAAAAAAUAUAUUAAUUAAAUAAGUAAAUUGCUAUCUGUCUAUGCUCAUAAAUUUUCUAUCAUUUUAUUGCCUAAAACUGAUUAGAUUACAGGUAAAAUAUUAAAAAAUUAAAUAGAAUGGCAUGGAAUGAUUAGUAUUUCAUAUGGACUUUAUGCUAAAGGAAAAUUUAAAUUUAUAUUAAACUUCCCUAAAACAUUUCCAGAAUCUAUUCCUAAAAUUAGAUUUCUAUGUCCACUAUUCCAUCCUUUAAUUGAUGAAUACAAUAAUGUAGAUGUUGACACACUUAUUCCAAGAUGGAAAUAUGGAUAAGAUUGUAUGGUUUAUAACUUAUUAAACAAACUCUAUGAAAUGUUUAUCGAUGUAAGUUACUAUGAUUGUGUUACAUCCUUUAACCCUAGAGCAGCAUAAUUAUUUUCUAAUGACAUAAAUUCAUAUGCUGAAGAAGUGAAAAAACAAAUAGUCUAUUCAGAAUAAUAGCUUUAUGAAAACCAGGUUGAUUUCGUUCUUAAAGUAAGUUGUUUAAAUAAUUUAUUAGUUAAAAGAACCAACCUACAAUACUUAAACAAUUCUUUAAAAAUUGUAGGAUAUCAACUCUUAAAAAAAUUUAUCAUUUGAAUAAAAGAAGAAGGAUCUACUUAAUUUCAUAUUGUAAUAAAGUAAGGAAAACAAAAUAUCAUAAUGAAUAAUCAAG